CAAUUUUAAAUGUAAACAUGUCUAAAAUCCUUGUGAAGAAAGCAUUGGAACUUGUGCAAAAUGAUCUCAAGUCAGAUUCCAAAGGAGGAAAAGAAAAGAUUCAGUCAAAUUUAUCAAUAAAAUAUGACACUCGGAAACACAGAAAAGGUCCACCAAAACACAAUGGAAACGAAAGAAGUAGAAUUUUGACAUUGGACAGUAAAGUGCAGCGCAUCAUUGAUCAAUACAAAAAGGAUCACUUGGUUGAUAGAACAGACGAAAAUUUGGAAAUUUUGAAUCAGCUGAGAACGUUAAAACCCAAGCAGUCUGCUUCUCAAAAGAUAUUAGAAUUCUAUUCUAAGAAGCCCAAAGAUUCUGAUGAAAAUGAACCUGAAUCAGAAUCUAUUUUAUUUCCAGAAGAGCCCAAGAAGAAGAAACGUAAAAACAAGUAAUUAAAUAUUAUUUAGGCUGUACAUAAUCUUUUAAGCAAAAAUGUUGUUCUCUGAGCUUACAGCAUUUGUUAUUGUUUCUGAGUCGACAUAUUUAUAAAAACAUUGU